AUGAAGAAAUCUUUAUCUAAACCGCCCGAUUCUGACCGCCCGCGUUUGUCCCUUACGCAAGCGGAUGGAGACCUUUUUCGCCUCUCUCGCAGUUCGUCGCGACGACCUACCGCAGGCUCGUCGUCACCCGCGUCCCUGAGUGAAUCCAACCUUUUUCACUACCAGCAGCAGCAGCAGCUGAAGCAGAAGCGCCAGGAGGAGGAGGAAGUGCAUGACCAUAGUGCUAUCAACGAAACCAAGAACAAGAACAAGAACAAGAACCCUACAUCGGCCAUCGCACACAAUGGUUGCUCUAUUGUCCAGCAGCCCGUGCACGGCGGCGACAACAAUACCGCAGGCAGCUCGUCUGGCGGCAAUACCACUGCUGCCGUGUCGCCAGCGUCGACAUUUACUGCACCACUACAAGAAGCAUGGCCGGGGCCUGUCUUAGAGGACGUCGGUAGCGGCAAGGAGAAGGAGAAGGAGGCCAAUUUGCCUCCCUUUCAACCUGCCAGCACCAACACCGACCCCAACCUCAACCUCAACGGCAACCCUACCAACGUCAACGUCAACGUCAAUGGCAACGACACUAGCACCGACACGAAGGCAGGUGGCACCAACUCUGCCAAUGGCAAUGCUGCCACAGUACUUGGCGAGUCCGAAGAGACGACGGUUUCUGCCGAAAAGGCCACCACCACCGUGUUCAGCAAGCUGUCUACCCUCGUCGUGUCGUUCUUCGUGACCACCAAGAUGGUGUUGUUUCACAGCUGGCUCAACGUCUUCUUGGUCUUUGUCCCCGCCGGUAUCAUUGUCGGCGCCAUCCCUGGCCUACCCCCCGCCGUCGUCUUCUCGGUCAACGCAAUCGCCAUCAUCCCGCUGGCCGGCCUCCUGGGCUUUGCCACCGAGACCGUAGCCCACGACAUGGGUGAUUCCAUUGGCGCUCUGCUCAACGUCACCUUUGGCAACGCUGUAGAACUUAUUAUCUUCAUUGCUUUGGUCAAGGAUGAAAUUCGUAUUGUGCAAGCCUCGCUCCUGGGCUCCAUUCUGGCCAACCUCCUUUUGAUCCUAGGCAUGAGCUUCCUCCUCGGCGGCCUUCGAUUCCGUGAACAGAUCUACAACAGCACAGUCACACAAAUGAGCGCGUGCCUCUUGAGUCUUAGUGUCAUCAGCCUCGUCCUGCCGACCGCUUUCCAUGCCUCUUUCAAGAGCUCUACCUUGGCCGAUUCCGAGUCUCUCAAGAUCAGCCGCGGCACCAGUGUAGUCCUGCUUUUGGUUUAUGGCAUCUACCUCCUGUUCCAGCUCAAAUCCCAUACGUAUAUGUACGAGUCGACGCCGCAGCACAUCAUCGAUGAGGAAUCCACACCUGGACCGGCCGCUGGCUGGUUGGACUCAUCGAGCUCGGAUGACGGCUCCUCCUCCUCGUCCGAUUCGGACACGUCUGGUCACUCCCGCGACACCAUGAAGCAACGCAUGCGCCGUGUCAUUCGCGGUGGUCGUCGCCGCAAGUCCAGCGUCGCUUCGUUGGACACAGCCGAGAGCCUCUUUGCUGGUACUACGCGGGCGCCCUCAUUCAGUACUCAGGCCGCUGGUGGUAACGAUGAGUCCAUGCCGUCGGAGGAGGCCUCGGCCAGGCCGUCCCUUUUCUCUCGCAGCACGACUUCCGAUCUGAAUGAAGAGGCCAUUAUCGAGGACGACACUGUAUCACGCCGCCAUAAAAAACGCCAUAACAAGCGAUCUCUCCGCCGCUACCGCAGACACCGCAAAAGACAUGAUCAAGAUGCUGCCACAGACGACGUCAUUCUUGAGUCCGUCGAGAACACUUCCCCGGGCCCCCCGGGCGUAGCUGCGCCGUCUGUCAGCAGCGGCAGGAUUGCAUCUGUCCUCUUUACCGAACCCACCAAGAGUCCCUUCGGAAAGACUCCUGACCCUGCUGUGUACCGUCCUGGUGAGCCUCGCCGCGUGGACUUUGCCAUCGCGGACCCCAAUCUCAGCGGGUCCAACAAUGUCGACGAAUUCGGAAACCCGACUGGUGCUGCUGCCGACUUGGUUUCAGCCCGGCGUGCCUUCAAUUUGCGUGCCAUGUCAUCCCUACGCCCUGUUGCCAAGAGUCUCGCCCCUACCGUCUUCACGCAACCCGUCGGCCCCCAGUUGGAGACUGCUCCUGUUGGGCCCAUUCCUCGCAUUCGCUACGGCAUUCACCGCACCAACUCGCUUCCCGAUCGUCUAAACCACCAGUACCAGUUCCGUCCUCCCGGUGCCAUGCUCCCGUCGCAGAUUCCUGUGAACAGCUACCGUCUCAAACCCCCGGUUACGCUGAAUGGUAGUAGCGACGAAGAUCGUGUCUUUAUGUCGCGCAAGGCGGCCAUCCUGCUGCUACUUAUCACGACGGGUCUUGUGGCAGCGUGUGCCGAGUUCAUGGUGGCGUCCAUCAACGGUCUUGUGAAAACCAGUUCCGUCGGCGAGGUCUUCAUCGGUCUCAUCAUUCUACCCAUUGUCGGCAACGCGGCCGAGCAUGUCACAGCCGUCAUGGUCGCCAUGAAGAACAAGAUGGAUCUGGCCAUUGGUGUGGCGGUUGGUAGCUCCAUCCAGAUUGCCCUUUUUAUGACUCCACUCGUUGUCAUUCUGGGCUGGAUCAUUGGCCGUGACAUGUCACUCUACUUUACACUCUUUGAGACGGUGUGCCUCUUCGUGUCGGCCUUUAUCGUCAACUUUUUGGUUCUCGACGGCCGCAGCAACUACCUUGAGGGUGCCUUGUUGUGCUCGACGUACAUCAUCAUAAGCGUCGUUGCCUUCUUUUAUCCCAAACCCGAGGAUGCCAGCUCGUGGGGUUAA